GAGAGAGGAGGCGAGAUGGGCGGCGCGGACGGAGGAGGAGGAGGAGGAGGGGGAGCAGUGGGAGCGGUAGGAGCAGCGGCGGCGGGGUUUGCUGCGGCGGUGACGACGAUGAAGAAGAACCCGAACCCGAACCCGGUGGAGCAGCUGGCGGCGCGGGUGCGGGGGAUGGAGGGGGGAUUCCGGGCGUGGCUGGCCCGGCAGCCCAUGCCCGUCGAGGCCGCCGUCGCCACCGCCGCCGGCGCCGCCCAGGGCGCUGCCAUCGGCGGCCUCAUGGGAACCCUCACCGCCGACGCCCUCCCCUCGCCUGUUCCGCCGCAGGCCAUGCCCUCCUUCAACCAGGCCCAGCUUGAAAUCCAGUGCCAGAUUCCCUCCCCCCUCUCCAAUCGGAAGGCUUUCGCUGGCGGACCAUUAGUACAGGCUCGUAAUUUUGCCGUCAUGACAGGUGUAAAUGCAGGCAUAUCUUGUGUUUUGAGAAGGAUAAGAGGAGUGGAGGAUGUUCAAUCUAGCAUGGCUGCGGCUUUUGGUUCCGGAGCAUUGUUUUCCUUAGUCAGCGGCAUGGGAGCCCCAAAUCCAGUAGCAAAUGCGGUUACAUCAGGAUUGGCUUUUGCAAUUUUCCAGGGUGGCUUUUUCAUGGUAGGUCAGAAGUUCUCGCAGCCGCCGGCUGAUGAUGUGCACUACUCUCGUACAAAAAGCAUGUUGACGAGCCUGGGACUUCAGAACUAUGAGAAGAACUUCAAGAAAGGCCUGCUCACCGAUCAUACCUUGUCCCUUCUGACUGAUAGUGCUCUUAGCGAUGUGAAGAUUCCUCCUGGGCCUAGACUUCUCAUACUCGAUCACAUUCAGAGGGAUCCAGAAUUUAUGAAAGGAAGGGCCAUUUCCGAAACGGCAACUGAAGCACAAACUGUAUGAUGAGGAACUGGCUCUCUCGAAGAGGUAUUGCUGCUGAUGGAGCAUCUCCAGGAGCCGUCUGAGAAACAAAUUAUCAGCAGGCGAUGUGUGCUGCUUAUCUUGGCCAGGAGACUUGCAUUCCUUUUUCCUCUUUUUCAGGGCAAUUUGUUUCCAGGGCUUGCGUUUCUUCUAACCAGGCUCCGUACCAUCCGGGGUUGGCCGUGGUAAGGAAUGUUUUGCCUUGUUCUCUCUUGUCCUGUUUGAAAAAUUGUUAACAAAAUAGGAGGUCCCUUUUGCGUCUGUUAUGGCAUGUAUUUGAAAUCUUGUAUCGAUGCAUUACGCGAUUAACUACGGCAUAUUUUGGAAAUCUAUGAUGAAGUGCAGGGUGUAGCCCGUCCAUGGUUCUUGCCCAUUACUGUUUCUAUA